AUGAAACUUUUCGUCGCGAUUAUUGCUGCUUCUUAUGCUCAAGAAGGAUCUGGCUCACCACUCGUGCCUUUUCCGAUCCCGGUCGGUUCUUGCUUCACUUGCAACUCGAUGACGUUGGAUGAGUGCAACCGAAACGGUCGCGUCGAACGGUGCAUGGACAACGAGCAAGUCUGCGAAGUCGAGGUCCGCUCCCGCAACGGCAGCGUUCGAGAAAUCAUCAUGGGCUGCAAGUGGGCCAACGCCUGCCAAGACAACAAGGUUCAAAACUUCGCGGGGCCAGAUGGCGACCGGGAAUUUGCCGAGUACCAAUGCAAACCGUGGUCUUUGAACAAACCGUCCGUCUGCCGACAAUGCUGUAAUGGAGACAAAUACUGCGGGCUCAAAGUUCUCAGAGAAGGAAGAAACGGAUACGGGCCAAGAACAAUCCGCGGCUGGCAGGAAAAUUUGGCCGAGUCUGAAUAUUUGGUCGAAGUUUAA